AGCGUUUAAGGAAUAACUCCUACCGGAUACCCAUUCACAUCGCCUAGCUGGGUCGCGUGCAGGACAAUGUGGGAUUCGAACUCACGACCUUCUGUUCCAAAGUCCGGAGACUAAUCCACUGGUCGACAGAGCUCCACGAAACCUCGGGAAGUUAUGAACUUCUUCCAACUGCACACAUAUUAACUCUCCAUUUCAGAUAUAAAAAAAACAAUGACGUAAUAAUAUUUGCCUAAAGGACUACACUUUUCAGGACGCCUGCUGCCAUGUAAAUAAUGAAUAGACCUACACCUAUCUGGUAUUCGAUCGAAACGUUCUGCAUGAGAAACAGAUGUUGGAAAAUCAAGAAAAAUAACUUCAUAUCAGCUCACCGGACAGGAUGUUUGUCAACAAUAAAGUGGCAGCUGGAAUUGUUCUCCUUAACGUAGCUCUACUAGCCUACGUAUACUACUACUUCCAACUACAGAAUCGAUCCAGUAGUCGUGUUGUAGUAGCUUCUCGAACUCACAGCGAGGAAGGAGAAGCAGAUGAGUGGGAUGAUUAUUCAUACUACACAUCGCCGAUCAAUUGGCCCCAGAAGGUAGCUGAAUUGCACAAUACAACGACUGCUAUUAUACGAUUUAAGAGUCUGACAAAGAAAAAAUAUUGGUCAACGCAGAGGGCUAAAGUCGGACAGGCCGAAUUGACGCGACCCGACUUGAAUUUAUCUUCCUUGCCACCGGCAUUAUACGAGAUGGCGAAACCGGUAUUUGAUUUACUGCCAAACUCGUAUUUACCUGGGUAUAAGUCUCCGUGUUGGAGGGUGAAACCUCGGAUGGUACUCCGCUGUUUGCCGUAUUUCUAUCUUCUCGGGAUGCCUAAGAGUGGAACUACCGAUUUGUGGGCCAAAAUCAUGCGACAUCCCCAAGUAAAAUACACCAUAAAAGAGCCCCAUUGGUGGAGUAGAUCAAGAUUUGGGAGAGGAAAACUUCGUAUUUACGCAUCCAGAUCAAAACGUAUGGUGGAGACGUUUGCGUUACACCCCUCGUUGAAACCACGACUCGUAAUCGGAGAUGGAUCAGCGUCUACUUUCUGGGAUAAUAAGAAAUGGAAGAUCUGGGAUGGAGAACGUUACGAAGGUCCAACCUACGUCACUGCUGACGUCAUACAUGCAGCCCAACCCGACGCCAAACUCCUCGUCAUCCUCCGCAAUCCCGUUGACAGGUUGUACUCCGAUUACUUAUAUUUUAACCCGAAGCUCCACGUAAACACGAGUGUGGAUCUGUUUCAUAUAGAGGUCGUCGCUGUGAUAAACAGAUUUAAUAAGUGUCUGAAAACGAUGAGCUUUCGAGGAUGUGUAUAUAGCAUAUCGGAAAUUCAAGACCCACGUGUAUAUUGUCGGCUCCUUAUAGGCGUCUACUCUGUUUACGUACGUGAUUGGUUCAGAGCCUACCCACGUGAUCAGCUAAAAAUCAUGCGAUUGGAGGAUUGGCACGUCAACUGCACGGGAAUUCUUCCAGAAAUAUUCGACUUUCUUAAUCUUGAAAGGAUUUGGAAUAAGCAGAUUGAACGAUUUUGCACGGAGAGGUUGGAAAAUGGAAACAAAGCCAAGUUACACUCAAUCGGUGAAAUGCUUCCAAAAACAAGAAAACUUUUGGAGAACUUUUACGCCCGUUCGAAUAAAGAACUUAGUCUGUUACUAGGAGACGAGAAAUAUCUAUGGAGGUCGUGACGUCACAUUGGAAAUCAAUUUAUCUCCUGAAGAUUUUCAAGAGAGAGUGUAAAUUAUACGUUAACAAUAGUUUCUGAAAUGACUCACGCGAGAGAAUAGUGAGGCGAUCUUAAGUAAUUUUGCAGUAACAAUGAUAUUGAUCUUGACAAUCUUCGCGAUUUAUAUACAUAAAAAAUGCCUACGUUUUCUCAUCUUUGCACGUACUCGUGGCGGAUCGAAUCGGUUCGAUAUCGCCUUCGAUCGCUAUUGAUUUAAUACACGACUAUACGCAUCAAAAUUAUUGUCAUUUUUGCUAUUCACCUGAAUGAAAAGUUGUAAACUUGGGACCGGAUCAUUCAGUCACUGUGAAGAAAAAUUAUUGUAUGUAUCUUUCACGGAUAAAUUACAAUGAAACUGGAAUCUCUCAGGCCCAAUUUUACGAUGAAAAAAUUAUAAUGAAAUUUAGGAGAGGUUCAAUGUAACGUUGAAAAUAUGAAAGCAUCCGACAAUUAUUACGAUAAAACGCAAAAUUUUAAGAAAAAAUGUACUGUGAAAAGUCGCGCAGCAAAUUUUACCGUAUUUUUUACGGUAAAUUCCUGGCAACUUGCAGCGCGCGACAUUUCCACCAUGACUGUUACAAUUUGCCGUAAAAAUAUGAGGCUACCUAAUUGUCCUCGUUAAAUCAGAUUUUCUUCUUCUAUCCACUAUUUCCAUAACAUUCCACAUGGUGUACCGUAAACCACAUCAGCGAUAAAUUGGAUUAGUUGUAAAGUUUACGAUAUAUUCACAGUGAAAAUGAACAGUAUGAAUAACGCGGUUUCACCCACUACCGUAAGAAAAAAAAAGUUAUGGUAAGUUUUCAUGUGUUGAUGCGGACACUCGUAAAACUUCUGCGGGCUUAUAAUGAUUGAAGGGUUCGGUGUAAAGACGGCAAAAGUGAAAUUGGCAGAAGUGAUAAUGGUAGAGGCAAAAAUGGCAGGUGAAGAUGGCAGGGGUUAAAAUGGCAGAGGUAAAAAUGGCAGAGCUAAUAAUGGUAGAGGUAAAAAUAGAAGAGGUAAUGAUGACAGAGGUAAAGAUUGCAGAGGUAAAACAUAGCAGGGGUCACUGGCGGAUCGGGGGGGGGGCACAUCCCGCCGUGACACCCUUUUGAGAGACAUAAUCAAAAUUUGUAAUGUAAAUGUGGCGUUCUAACACAAGUGUGACCCCUCCUUUUAAAAGCGAUGACCUUUUUUUUGCUUGUCAAAUUUUCCUCAAGAAAAUGUGCCCCCUUGGAAAAUCCUGGAUCCGCCCCUGGCAGGGGUUAUAAAGGCAGAUACAAAGGCAGAAAUCUCUACCCAAAGGGGGGGGGGACCAGGGGCUGGAACAUUUGACAAGCAAAAAAAAAGGGGGGUAAUCAUUAAAAAGUAAGGUCAUCUCGUCGAAAAUACAUGUUUUAUUUCGAUUUUGAAUGAUGUAUUUCUUUCCAUCAUAAAAUACC